AUGGGUGCGAUUUCUUGUAAGGUAAGCAGAAACAAUCAAAAAGCACCUGGUCUAAAAAAAAUGGCUGGGGUAACUGCCAUUGAAGUAUUAGGAGUGCCGAAUGCUCUGCAGAACCACCGAGAAAAAAAAUUAUCUAUUGAUGUCAUGAAUUUGAAGUUUAAAAAUGUUUUUCAUGAUGAUUUGAAUAAAUUGUUUAAAACAACAAAAUCUCAUCCAGGCAGUAUCCAUUUGUUGAAUCUAAUUAGUAGAUCAGUCGAUCUUUAUUUUCUUCGAGUUGGAAGUAAUGCGGUGCAGUCUGUAGUUCCUGUAAUGGCUGUACAUAGCGUGCAGUUUCAAUGAUCGGUAGAGGAAGCAGGAGCGGUAUUUCCUGAAGGGUUUCUUUUUUGGACGUACCAGCCAUUUCAAGCCUUAGUUUUAAUUAAUAUUAUAGCAGUCGUAAUAAGAAUCAAGGGAAUUUCAAAAUUGAAGGGCACACACAAUUUGAGUGCUGUAGUGCUGUAUUGUUUGGAAUUUUCAAAAGUGUUCGAGCGCGAAGAUUUUAAAUUGACAGUAAUCAAUGGGACAGAGAAUGUGAGAAGGGAGCGGGGAGAAAGAAGAGUUUGGUGGCGUAACCAAACAGGAGAAAAUACAUUGGACCUUACAUUCAUGUCAAUACACGGCGUAAAGAUGGAAAAUAGUUUCAUUGAUGACGUUGCUGCUUCAGUUCGAUCAAUGGUUUUACGAGCUUUUUCUACGGAACAGCCAAAAAUUACACAACCUGUUCCGUCGUUCCACGCAGAAGUGUGCUUGAAGCCAAAAAUGUAG